CCUCUGCGCGUCCGCGAAAUGUCGUUGUCGCAUCCCGACGCCUGAAAUACCACACCGCACAUCAUCAUGGCCAUGCCCAUCACCACCAUCGCCGAGAGCAAGGAGCUCCGCGGCCUGAAUCUCAUCGCGGCGCAUUCUCACAUUCGCGGUCUCGGCGUCGAUGAUGACACGCUCGAGCCCAAGGUGUCGUCGCAGGGCCUCGUCGGCCAGGAGAAGGCACGCAAGGCGGCGGCUGUGAUACUCAAGAUGGCACGAGAUGGCAAGAUUGCUGGUCGCGCAGUCCUGAUUGCAGGCCCUCCCAGCACAGGAAAGACGGCCAUCGCAAUGGGAAUGGCGCAGUCGCUGGGCCCCGACGUGCCCUUCACCAUGCUCGCCUCGUCCGAAAUCUUCUCGCUGGAGAUGUCCAAGACCGAGGCGCUCACACAGGCCUUCCGAAAGUCGAUUGGCGUGCGGAUAACAGAGGAGAGCGAGGUCAUUGAGGGCGAGGUGGUCGAGAUACAGAUUGACCGCAGCGUCACAGGCAGCAACAAGCAGGGUAAACUCACCAUCAAGACGACCGACAUGGAGACCGUCUACGACAUGGGCACCAAGAUGAUCGACGCAAUGACCAAGGAAAAGGUCAUGGCCGGCGACAUCAUCUCCAUCGACAAGGCCUCGGGCAAGAUCACCAAGCUCGGCCGCUCGUACACGCGCUCCCGAGACUACGACGCAAUGGGCAUCGACACCAAAUUCGUACAAUGUCCCGAAGGCGAGCUGCAACAGCGGCGCGAGGUGGUACACACAGUCAGCCUGCACGAAAUUGAUGUCAUCAACUCGAGGACCCAGGGCUUCCUAGCGCUCUUCUCUGGUGACACAGGCGAGAUCCGCAGCGAGGUGCGAGACCAGAUCAACACCAAGGUCGCAGAGUGGAAAGAGGAGGGCAAAGCUACCAUCGUACCAGGUGUGCUGUUCAUCGACGAAGUCCACAUGCUCGACAUUGAAUGCUUUUCGUUCGUCAAUCGCGCGCUUGAGGACGAGCUAGCACCGAUUGUCAUCAUGGCCAGCAACAGAGGAAACACACAAAUACGGGGAACAGACUACAGAUCGCCACACGGACUGCCACUCGACUUCUUAGAUCGCGUGGUUAUUGUCAGUACCCACGCAUACAACUCGGAGGAGAUGCAGCAGAUCAUUUCGAUACGAGCGCAAGAGGAGGAGGUCGAUGUGUCCCCUGACGCUUUGGCGCUGCUCACCAAGAUCGGGCAGGAAACUGGAUUGCGAUACGCGAGCAACCUCAUCACGACUUCCGACCUGAUACGCAAGAAGAGGAACGGGCCGGAGGUCACCAUCGAAGACGUGCAGCGAAGUUUUGCCCUCUUUUACGACCCUACAAGAAGUGUCAAGUUCGUCUCCGACUCAGAACAGCGUUUAAUCGGCGAUGCGGGCGCUGUUUCCUUUGCGAUCCCCAACGGCGCGGAAGCGAUGGACGUCUCAUAGACAGAUGUUAAACAAUCUCACGGCGUACAACGGUUCGAAUGGGUCUAGCGUUUG